GAGAGAAAUUACUGUCCCACCAACCAACCUCCGCCCCUGCAGUCAUGCCACACUCUUGAUUUCACUGUCAAGCCUUGUAAGAGAGAAGAAAAUCUGACUUGGCCAUCGUUAACGUGGAAGCGAUAAACGCCGACACUUCUGCGGUUGUGGGGAUCUGUUUGCUGGCGUGUGUAUGUAUGUAUGGGAGUGAACUGGAGAAGGCGAGGAGAAGAAGAAGAGGAGGUUUGAUUCGUCUAGAGGCACUCAGUGGGAGGAGCCAUGACCGAGGGGGAGGGGCAGUUCUACAGCGUGCAGGUGGGUGACUCCACCUUUACAGUGCUCAGAAGGUUCCAGCAGCUCCGCGCCAUCGGAUCCGGUGCCCAGGGUAUCGUCUGCUCCGCUCUGGACACCGUUCUUGGCAUCCCAGUCGCUGUGAAGAAGCUGAGCCGGCCCUUUCAGAACCAGACCCAUGCGAAGAGGGCUUACAGAGAGCUGGUUCUGCUCAAGUGUGUUGAUCACAAGAACAUCAUCCGUUUGCUUAAUGUCUUCACACCCCAGAAGUCAUUGGAAGAGUUUCAGGAUUUGUACUUGGUAAUGGAACUGAUGGACGCUAGCCUUUGUCAAGUGAUCCACAUGGACCUAGACCAUGAGAGGAUGUCUUACCUGCUCUACCAGAUCCUGUGUGGCAUCAGACAUCUACACUCAGUUGGCAUCAUUCACAGGGAUCUGAAGCCUAGUAACAUCGUAGUGAAGUCUGACUGCACGCUAAAGAUCUUAGACUUUGGGCUAGCCAGAACCGCCUGCACUAACUUCAUGAUGACACCCUACGUAGUAACCAGAUACUACAGAGCACCAGAGGUCAUCUUGGGAAUGAAAUAUAAGGAGAAUGUGGAUAUCUGGUCGGUGGGCUGCAUCAUGGGUGAGAUGGUCAAAGGAAGUGUCAUAUUCCAGGGCACUGAUCAUAUUGACCAGUGGAAUAAAGUGAUUGAGAUUCUGGGAACCCCCUCUCUGGAGUUUAUGAACCGUUUGAUGGAGACUGUAAGGAAUUAUGUGCUGAACAAACCCCAGUUUCCUGGAGUCAGCUUUAAUGAGCUUUUUCCCGAUUGGGCCUUCCCUUCAGAGACUGAGCAUGACAAGAUCAAAACUAGUCAAGCACGAGACCUGCUGUCCAAGAUGCUGGUAAUCGACCCUGAAAGCCGCAUCUCUGUGCAGGAGGCCCUCAAUCACCCUUACAUUCGUGUGUGGUACGACCCAGCCGAGGCUGAUGCGCCUCCUCCGCAGAUAUCAGACAAGCAGUUGGAGGAGCGGGAACACAGCAUUGAGCAGUGGAAAGAGUUGAUUUAUAAAGAAGUAAUGGACUGGGAUGAGAGGAACAAGAACGGAGUGCUGAAAGAGGAGUGUUUAGACGGUACGCUGAACAGCAGCACCACUGCCUCACAGUCAUCCUCUAUUAACGACAUCUCGUCCAUGUCAACGGAGCAGACAUUGGCCUCAGACACCGACAGCUCCUGCAUCGACACCCUCACAGGACCAUUAGAGGAGUGACUCGAGUGGCAUGCCCG